ACUUUCCCCAAACCCACACUCAUUCACACACUCCCUUCAGAUGUGCCUGCCACUAAUUUCAACAACAGACAACCAAUCACCACUCACUCCCAUAAAUUAAUCAUUCUUCUCAACUUUAUUCUUUCAUUUUUUUAAAUUCAGAUCUUCAAUUCAACACUUUUUAUUGCAAUUUCACUUGUCAUCAACUCCUAGCCUAAAGCUGGGGUACGCUUGGCUGUUCUACUGAAAUUGGCGUUAUGGGCGUUUCUGGAAAAUGGAUUAGAGCAUUGGUUGGUUCAAAGAAAUCACAGAGGUCACAAUCUUCAGAAAAAGAUGAAAAUAGAGAUCCGGAUUCUGGAAAGUUUCGUCACCGAAGAAGGCAUUCAAUUGAAAAUGAUGUACUUCAAGAUGAGUUCAAUGACAAAACCGCCACAGCAGUCAAAACAGAAAAUUCAGCAUCAGAUGCUGGUGGAUCCCCUUCCAGUUCACUUCAAAUGAUCAAUGCAUCUCAAUUUGAAGAAAAUAUGAGAGAGCAGUGGGCAGCUACAUGUAUCCAGACUGCAUUUCGAGGAGUUUUGGCGAGGCGAGCACUAAGAGCUCUAAAAGGACUAGUAAGACUACAAGCCCUUGUUAGGGGGCAUGCUGUAAGAAAACAAGCGGCAAUAACUCUUCGGUGUAUGCAAGCUUUAGUAAGAGUUCAGGCUCGUGUGCGAGCUAGACGUGUUCGUCUGGCUUUGGAAAACCAAACAUCAGAGCAGAAACGUCAACAACAACUUGAACAGGAAGCCCGUGUUCGAGAAAUAGAGGAAGGCUGGUGCGAUGGGGCAGGAUCCGUUGAACAAAUUCAAGCCAAGUUGUUAAAGAGACAGGAGGCAGCAGCUAAGCGCGAGAGAGCCAUGGCAUAUGCCUUGGCUCACCAGUGGCAGGCUGGAUCAAGGCAAGUGGCAUCUUCUGGAUUUGAACCAGAUAAAAGCAACUGGGGCUGGAAUUGGUUGGAGAGAUGGAUGGCUGUUCGUCCAUGGGAGAAUCGUUUUCUGGAUAUCAGUCAGCAAGAUGGAACAGCUGUAGAUACUGAAGUGGGUGAAGGAAAGAAUGGGAUGAUGAAAAAGCUUCCUGCGAAAAAGGCCAUCCCAUUGAUCCCUGACACAAACACUGCUAGUGAAAAGAUGGUUCUAUCUUAUUCCGAUGGCUGUGACUCUUCACCCACUAGGUCCAGCAGUAUGCAAGAAGCAUCUGCAUCAUCAUUUACCAAGGGAAAGACUAAACCUGUGAUUGAUGAUCUGGUCAAAGAAGUCAGUUCAAGACCUGGUGUCGGUCCAAGAUCUCAAAGUAAUCCCAAGGAGAGAUCAUCACUUCUGAAUAAGCAAGCAAAGACACGACAGUCUUUGCCUAAUGUUGGGCAAGGUGAACAAGGUGUUGGAGUUCAUACGAGCAAGCAACUGGCUAGAACUGCUGUAAGAAGAAAACCUACCGCCCAAAAGCCUAUUAAUGAUAAAACCAAGAUUAAUGGACAAUGAGCUUAGCACUUAUAAAUUGAUCGUGUUGAUCGGAAAACCUUACUCUCUGCUUGCUCUCCGACGGUAUCUAUGUACAUAUGAGAUCAUGUUGAGUUGAAGCGAUUUGCCUAGUCGUCGGUGAGAUCAUUAGCCAAUCUUGUUGCUGCCAAAAUAAAGUGAGCUGAACCAGAUCAAGCGGCUUACACAAAUGUAAUAAUUAUCUGUGUCUUGUUAAUUUCAAGCUGCAACUCCUGUUGUAUUGCCCUUCUUUUUAUUAUCUCAGUCCUUUCUGUUGUGUAGUGUUAAUAGUUUAGUAUUCUUUUCCAUGGCAGUUUAGGGGACUAAUCAACUUGCAAGUGUAGUGUAUUUUAUAGCUUGUUGUAUACCAAAGUGUAAGAACCAUAGGCAAGUAACUCUAGGAUCAUAGGAGUAUCAAUUAACAGUUUGUUAAAGGCCCUUUGCCCAUAUUUAAAUUGCUGAUUGCUGAAAUUAGUCUAA